GUUUGAGGCCUGCGGCUUCCCGGGGCGGCGCAGGCCCAGGCGGCCCGGAGCGGCGCGGCCUCCCCCGGCGCUGCGAGGUGCGGCCCUGAGGGGCCCGUCCCAGCCGCCUCCCCUGCGCGCUGAGGGGAAGGUGGUGGCUCCGUUACCGCCGGUGCAGCUCAGAGCCCUCCCACCCUUCCCGACCCGUCUGUCGCUCUCGUUCCUAAGGAGCGCUGGGCCUGGACGGGGCUGCCCUGGGGGUGACAGGGCCGGUGUCCCGAGGCUGCUUCUGUGGCAUCGAUGGCUACUCUUACCUAUGACACUCUCAGGUUCGAAUAUGAAGACUUCCCUGAGACCAAAGAACCCGUUUGGAUCCUUGGCCGGAAAUACAGCGUUUUUACAGAGAAAGAAGAGAUCCUGUUGGACGUGACCUCUCGGCUCUGGUUCACCUACAGGAAGAACUUCCCUGCUAUCGGAGGAACCGGUCCCACGUCUGACACCGGCUGGGGCUGUAUGUUGCGGUGCGGCCAGAUGAUCUUUGCUCAGGCCUUGGUCUGCAGACAUUUGGGAAGAGACUGGAGGUGGAUAAAAGGGAAGAGGCAGGUGGAUAAUUACUUCAGCGUUCUUAAUGCCUUCGUUGACAGAAAAGACAGCUACUACUCCAUUCACCAGAUAGCCCAGAUGGGAGUUGGAGAGGGGAAAUCCAUAGGUCAGUGGUACGGACCAAACACAGUUGCACAAGUGCUCAAAAAACUUGCAACUUUUGAUACAUGGAGUUCCCUGGCAGUCCAUAUAGCCAUGGACAACACGGUAGUGAUGGAGGAAAUCCGGCGGUUGUGCCAGUCCAACGCGCCGUGUGCCGGAGCCGCAGCGUGCCCGGCUGUGGAGUCGGACGGACUCUACAACGGGUGCCCAGAGGAAGCGGGGGUUAGAGAUAGGCGCUCACUCUGGAAACCGUUGGUGCUGCUGAUUCCUCUCCGCCUCGGGCUCACAGAGAUCAAUGAAGCCUAUAUUGAAACACUCAAGCACUGCUUCAUGAUGCCCCAGUCCCUGGGAGUGAUCGGAGGGAAACCAAACAGUGCUCACUACUUCAUUGGCUAUGUAGGUGAGGAGCUCAUUUACCUGGACCCCCACACCACGCAGCCCGCGGUGGAGCACAACGACAGUGGAUGUCUCCCCGACGAAAGCUUCCACUGCCAGCACCCUCCCUGCAGAAUGAGCAUUGCCGAGCUCGACCCCUCCAUCGCGGUGGGCUUUUUCUGCAACACAGAGGAGGACUUUAACGAUUGGUGCCAGCAAAUCAAAAAGCUGUCCCUGGUGAGAGCAGCGCUGCCCAUGUUCGAACUGGUCGAACGCCAACCAUCUCACUUCUCCAACCCUGACGUCCUGAAUCUCACCCCAGACUCCUCCGAUGCCGACAGAUUGGAAAGGUUCUUUGACUCAGAAGAUGAGGACUUCGAAAUCCUAUCCCUUUGAAAACAAACAGGAAACAACUGACUCUGCAAAUUUGUGUUACGUGUGGGGAGAAGGGGGGGAGGGAAGCUCCUUCGAGAGCCUGGGGCUGCCGGUUUUCAUAGGCGCUUGCUGCCAUCCCCACCUCUCAUCCAUCCUGGCAUUCUGUGCAGCCUCUGAGUGGAGCGCGCAUUGUCUGCGUUGGGAUGAAGAACCAAGCGAGUGUUACAGCCUUACUGGCUGGAGUCGGAAUUUCUCAGCAGAAAACAGUUGCUGGGAGUGGAUGCAUUGGUGCUCAGGAGUUCCAAGCCUAUCGUUACAUCAGCAGGUCAGUCGGCCUUCCGGGGGAGGCACAGAAAUCGUUAGAGCGCUAAAUCCUUACACAGGGACGUCCCCUCUGAAGCUUCACUAGAGCCACCCGUCAUUUAGCAGGUGAAACGUGCAGUUAAUUCCUUGAGCAGUUUCUCUCCUCACCGGCCAGCUUGGCCUGCAGCUCACGGCACAAAUGAACAGAUGUGUCCUGACAGGAUGGCUGGGAAGCCCCUGGAGUCUACAGUACAACUCCUGGUGAUGCUUUGCAGUACCUGGUGCUUCUGCGCAGGUGUAGAACCCUUCUGCUCACAUCCUGACCUGCAAGUGGCUGGUAAUUCGAUAAGAGAAUGGCUGCUGGGGAGGAACAUCUCAGUCUCUGCUUAAAUAACAGUGGAAAGAAUGGAAGGAGAAUAGAAAACGUGUGCGCUCUUUCUCACUGAGUUGUGCUUCUAGAAUGGAUUAGUCUUUACAGCAAGUAUCUUCAGGAAAGCUGCUCCGAGCAGACAACUGGAUUCCAUAACCCUGGGGAAAAAAAGUCCACAGCUGGGAGAGGCGAAAGAAGACAACUGAGAUCCGCCAGCCUCGUGCGUGCACCCGCGUGCUGGCACGGCGUCUGCAGAAUUCACCCUCUCAGUACCAAAAGCGUGAGCUAGAAAAUUUGAGGUGUCCUGGGUGGGUUGUUCAGUGGUUCCUCCAGCUAUUAGAUACUCCCUUUCCAAAGCAUGAGGUGCAGCAGUGGCUUCCCAGCACCGUUUGCCUUCUGCCAGACAGAAUGUCUUGAGAAGGUCUGAUUAUACUGGAAAUUUUAGCUACUUUAAGCUGAUAGCUCUGCCCGGGGCUUCUCUGCACAGAACCCAGAGAAAGGUGAACUGGGGACCUGUGUCUGAACACAAACUGCAACGGGAGCAGUUUCCUUAGCGCGUGCUGCAGGUUGCAAACCUGUGGACAAGGCUUUGUUCUGUACCUUUAGGAUUGGAACCUGUCAGUCAACGCUUUUGUGCCCAAUGGUGGUGACAGCUGGCUAGAAAUGGCCCAUUUCCCCCGUGACUGACCUACUGAUGCUCUAACUGUCCCUGUGCUAUCCAAAAAGCAGAGGUUUGAACCGGGAACCACGAUGCUUCUGUCACUAAAUUAUUAUUUGCUGCUUUCUGCCUGCUCCUCCUCUUCUCUCUGGUAGUUUGGGGAAGAGGCAGCAGAGGAAGUGGGGCUGUGCUCCAUUCAUCUGCUUUCAAUUUGUAUCUGAAUAAACAGAUCUAAAAUCUU